UAUAUAUAUAUUGCCCCCAAAAAUCUAAGAUAGCCACUUAACCCAAACGCACUUCUGGCCUUAACUUUAGUGCAGCCAUGGUAACAUCUGAUAUUUAAUCAAGUUUAUACGACUAAACACAUCACAGAGUGCCUCCUCACCCAGCUGCCUCCUGGCUCUGAAUUUAGCUCGUAAACUUAUUUUUAAGACGGACACACAUGGUGGCACGUAUUUAUUAUAAUACACCUGUUACACCCCCACCAACCACCACAACAACACACAGCUCUAAUAUCAUUGUGACCGUACACACACACACAAAGCAUACACACACACACACACACACUCCCUAGUCAUAACUGAAUGACGGCAGGUCGCUAUGGAAACUGCGUUACGCUCCGGGCGGCCGGAGGAGAAAACAAGAGCGCGAGGACUCGUUUCAGUCUUCAUUUCAGCACCACGCGAGCUCCUGGACAGCGCCCGGAUGAACUCGCGCACAGACUCGAGCCUCGUAUGCCUUAUAAGGGACAGACCAGCCUAACGGGAGCCGGUAGGGACCUGAAAAGCGAAAGAAAAACACAUAUAAGACACGCAGACACUCCGGACCUGAAACUCGGUGGAUACUCGAGGUUUGAUUCAACCGACAAGCCAGGAGCCAGUCGCUCCCUCAAAUGUCACAGCAACAGGGCAGCAGCAGCAUGUCUAAAACCAAAUCCAGUCAACGGUUCCACAGCCUGAAUGCAGAGCAGGUAGAAGUCCUCCAUCAGGUUUUGUCAGAGGUCGUUCCAAUCCACGGCCGUGGGAACUUUCCCACACUGGAGCUGCGUCCUCGAGACAUCAUCAUAGCCGUGCGGGCCAGGCUGCAGAAGCAAGGAAUCGCAGUGAGAGAUGUUCGUCUGAACGGCUCCACGGCUAGCCACGUCCUCGUCCGAGACAACGGGACAAGCUACAAGGACCUGGACAUCAUCUUUGGAGUGGAGUUGCCCAGUCAGGAGGAGUUCCAGGUGAUCAAGGAGUCCGUGCUGGGCUGCUUGCUGGACUGCCUACCUGCUGGGGUCAACAGGGAGCGGAUCAGCAGUGCUACAAUGAAGGAGGCCUAUGUCCAGAAAAUGGUGAAGGUUUUCAAUGAGCAUGACCGCUGGAGCCUCAUCUCACUCUCAAACAACAGUGGCAAAAACCUGGAGCUCAAAUUUGUGAGCGUCCUGAGGCGGCAGUUUGAGUUCAGCGUUGACUCCUUUCAGAUCAUUCUGGAUCGUCUCCUGGAGUCCUACAUGCAGCAAGAAUCACAGCACAAAAAUAACACCGUUGAUCUUAAGGACCAGUCUGCAGAGAAUCAGAAUAAAGACCCUAACUCUCUGCCCAAACAGGCCACUGCUCCAGAAACUGAGAACUCUACCACCAAGGACUUAUCCAGCAAAGAGGAGGCACAGAUCAGUGAGACACAACAGAGAGAUGAGGUGCAUGAAAAAGACUCCCAGACAGAGCUCUCACAGCAAACUGAACAUUCAGACCAGACAAAGCACUCCAAAGUUGAAAAAGACGACAAAGAGAAAACACCUGUAGAGUUGAAAGACGUGUCAGAACAAAGAGACAACUUCAAUGAGGAAGACUUCUCUGACCAGACAUCCCUAAACAUUUUGUCAGAAAAGAAACAAACCUCUGAGGAAACAAAACCACCAACUCAUCUUGAACUCAGACACGAACCAGAGCCCUCAGACAAAACCAAAUGCUUAACGGAGGUAGAACAGUCAGAGCAAACCCAGCCCACUGACGGCCAACAACCAGCACAUACAAAUCAGAAAGACCUUUCUGCCGAAAAAGAACAAUCUGACCACACAAAACCCCCUGAUGAACAGAAAGAAAUCACGGAGCAGAUGGGAGAAUCCAAGCCACCUCAAACCUCAAACAAAACCCAGACGGAGUCUCUAAACCCGGUGGAAGAAGAGCACAGUACAGAUGUCUGUAAGUGUUUCAGUGAGGAUCAGAGAGGCAAUGAGAAAGAUGAAACACAGCAUGUCUCUGCUCCAGACUCCAGCACAUCUUCACAUGUAGAGAUACAGACGCAGUUAUCAGAUGAAAGAAAAGAAGAGAUUGAGACAGGAGAGCAAGCAGAUCAGGAAAAUGAUACUGAAAUAAGUGAAGUGGCAGAAGAUAUUUUAGCAUCAGAAGCAAAAAACAUAAAAGACACACAGGGUAUUGAUUAUACCUGCUCCACCUCUUUCAUAUCUUUUACACUUCAGAACACAAAGUCUACUGGCCCACAGGAUACACCAGAGAUUCACAGCACACUACAGACAGAUUGCUCAGAAAAAACACCUAAUACACUUGAUGCCGUCAGCCCUCCAGAUACUCAGGAUAUUUUACCUGCACCACCCAGCCUUGUUGCCGACAAAAAGACCUCCUCUUCUCCCUCUUGUAAGGCCUCAGAGAGACUAUCUCACAUGGUGGUGCUCAAACAUUCCUCUCCCAAGCCUCCUCGGAGGAUGUGUAGGAAGGUUGCCCCCAAUCCUUCCCCCAGUCCAGUCUCUGAAAACGAAUCUGUUAUAGUGCCCUGUCUAGAUCCAAACCCCAGCCCUAGCCCUGAACCUGAGUUAGCCUUUGACCCAAAGUCAACAGCUCCUAGUUCAGACCCUACAACUGUCCCAACAACCAGUAUCUCUACUGAAACAAACCCAGGGCCUGAACCCAACCCUUCCAGUAACCUAGUUUCAAAUCUAGACCUUACCUCAGCUCCUGAUCCAGCCCCUGAUAUAAUCUCCACCUCUGUUGUGGACCCUAUGUCUGAUUUACCAGAGCCAUCAUCGCCUCAGCUUAUCACAGAGAGUUUAGGUGAGACAGAUAUUCAAAGUCUAGAAGAGACUCCAUCUACACAUGUGGCUUCUGAUGAGCAAAGCCAGUCCUCCACUGAAGAAACUGUCCCCACACCCAGUCCCCCACAAUCAGAGCCUCUCGACUCAGUGGACAUGUUAGCUUCACACACUGAUACGUCCAGCUCAAACACCCAAGAACCUGUACAUACCUCACAAGUGGAGCUCAGCGAUGAAGAUGAAAACAGAGAUUUACGGACCAAAAAGACAGACUUGAAUCAGCCAAACUGCAGCCCACAAGAGACCACACUUAGUUCACCCUUCUCGUCCCAGUGUGUCGAAACUAAUGUUUCCUGUCUCACCCCUCCCAUACUCAGUCUUUCCCCUCCCUGCUUCACUCCCUCACCACCCAGCCUCAGUCCUCCCCCAUGUCUGACCCCUCCGUCUCACUGCCUCUCAUCUCCGAUGCUGAGCACCGUCAGCCCUGCUACAAGCUUUAGCUCUCCACCCCUGAGUUUUAGUCCUACCUCAUCCUGCCUCAGUACACCUCCUUACCUUACCCCUCCUAUGCUUAGCCUCAGCCCUCCUCCACUCUGUCUAAGCCCCCCUUCCCCCUGCCUCAGCCCUCCCCUCCUCUGCCUCACUCCACCGAUGGAGUCAGAGGACCUUGUACCUCAGGUAUCUUCAGACAUGGAGCCUUUGAUACUAAACACAGACAGCGAGGAAGAGAUUAAAGAGUCCUCCCCUCAGACAGGAAUUCCUCUCCUACAGUUGGAGGAUAAAAAAGAACAAGAUAAUAUCUCAUCAUUGCCUCGGGUUGCAGAGCCUGUUUCUUUUCCAAUCACAAUCCCAAGCUCCACCUCACAUGUGCUGCCUCCGUCUCAGUGUGGAGGCCCAGGGGAAUCUGGCCCUCCAAAGGCAGAUGAGGCAUCCAGCUCUGUGCCUGAGAACAAAGGAGAGCUCCCUAAGGUACCCGUAGACAUGCCUGAACAGAGCAACGGUCCUCAGGCAUCUGGCUCGGUCCCUGCUGUCGAGGUCUUGGCAGAGAGCAUGUAUGGUGACUUUGAGGCAGCCAUGGACCAUCUACGCUACCGCCUAAUAGCGACCAGGAACCCCGAGGAGAUUCGAGGUGGUGGCUUGUUGAAAUACAGCAACCUGUUGGUCAGGGACUACCGACCGGCCAGCGAGACUCAGAUAAAGACACUGGAGCGCUACAUGUGCUCGCGCUUUUUCAUCGAUUUCCCCGACGUGCAGGAGCAGCAGAGGAAGAUCCUAUCCUACUUGAAGAACCACUUUAUCGGCGAGGAGAGAAGCAAGUACCAGUACCUGAUGACGCUGCGUCGUGUGGUAGAUGACAGCACAGUGUGUCUGAUGGGACAUGAGAGGCGUCUGACACUGAACAUGAUCACAGUGCUGGCACUGAAGGUUCUAGGAGAGCAGAACAUUAUCCCCAACACAGACCACGUGACGUGCUUCUACCAGCCUGCCCCAUACCUUGCCGAGCACAGUGCCCCCUAUUUAGCAGAACCCAGCUACUGCAGCUACUACAUACCCCAAGGGGGAUCAACUCUGCUUUACCAACCGUACCCCUUACACCUGCACUCACAGACUGGACUAGUAUAAAAUACACAAACACACACACACACACACACACACACACAAUUACACAAAACACACAGUUGAGCAAGGGUGCUCGUCCUGAAGAAAGAGCCGGAGAAUGGAAAUAUAAUCCAGGGAUAAACUGUUUGGUCUAUAAUAGACCUAUGGGGGCGGGAUUGAGUGGGUUUUUACAGUAAACUCCCAGAAUACUCAGUAAGGUUCUAACAUGAUUAUAUAUAAUUAUCUGGGCUUUGUGGGAAAAUAAUAAUUCUUCAGAUAUUGUUAAAAUUCCAGAAAAUGCUGUAUGCACUGCAUGAGUCAUAGCCCUUUGGUCUCCCUAGGAAACCAACCGUGCUGUUGACAUUCACAGACAUGCGCAGACACACACACAAACAUGUACACACACACUCUCACUAACUCACUCACUCACUCACAUACACAAAACACACUUCCAGGUUCUUGAAUUCUUGUACACUCUUUUCAUGUUCUUACUGUGUUGUUCUUAAAUGGGUUUGUUCAGAAUGUGGACCUUGCCUGUGGUUGAUAUUGUGCAUGGAUAAAUUAGGACUGUUCUCUCACUGCCAAAUACUGUGUGACUACUAUGCUUCUUAAACAGUUUAAUGUAACUUUGUUAAUCCUUUACUAAAGGGGUGUAUUCUGAAAAAAAAUAUAUA